AUGGGUCGUACCGGGGCCAAGGUCAAGAAGGGCGGACUGGGCAACGCCCUCGUGCGCACGCAGAAGAAGACGUCGGCUAUCAACGUCAAGGACGUGACUUCCAGUGCUGGCAAGCACGUGUCCGAGCGCGAUGGCGGCGACGCGUCUGUGGCGCUGGCCUCGUACCUCGAAGGCUCGUCAUUGGACGAUUUCCUGGCUAGUGCGGUGCUGUCCAACCGCGAGUUCACGGCCGUGAAGGAGAGCAUUGUGCUCAUGGACGAGGCAGACACGGGGCUGCAGCUGGUGGAGAGACAGAAGACCGUGGUGCCGGAAAUGACGUUUACAGAGAUGAAGGUGCCGCGACGGCCCAAGUGGGACGCAUCGACGACGGCUGAGGAGCUCAAUCGCUUGGAGAAGGAGAGUUUUCUUGAGUGGCGUCGUGAUAUUGCCUUAUUGGAGGCUUCGUCGGACCAUCUGGAGGUAACUCCGUUUGAAAAGAACUUGGAGGUGUGGCGUCAACUGUGGCAUGUCCGCGAGCGGAGUGAUGUCAUAGUGCAGAUCGUGGACGCUCGCAACCCGCUGUUUUACCGAUCGACGGAUCUCGAUGCAUACGCAAAGGAAGGCGAGACUUCUCGACGCACUCUGUUGAUUGUAAACAAGUCAGAUUUCCUGAACGACCGUCAACGGACCACCUGGGGAGAUUACUUCACCGCAGAAAACAUCAGCUUUGUGUUCUUCUCGGCCAAGAAGGCUCAGGAUGAAAUCGAUGAGGAGGCGAAGAGCUUGCGACAGAGUGAGAGAAAUGCUGAGAGUCACAAUGAAUACGACCAAGACCAAGUGGUACCUGCAGAGGCACCACAUGCUGCAGAAGACAAGGUUGUCGAUGAUGAGGAGACUAGCCCGUAUCCUGUGCUAUCGCGUGUUGAUCUGCUAGAGUACGUGACCCAUAUUGCUACCGAGGUGCUGGACGAGGUGGGUGUGCGAGUAAAGGACAAGGGUUUGAUCAAGUUUGGUAUGGUGGGCUUUCCCAAUGUCGGAAAGAGCUCGGUGAUCAACGCACUGCUGGGUGCGUCGACUUAUUCGCACAAAACUCAGCGUGUUGCUGUCGGUGCUACUCCUGGCAAGACGAAACACUUUCAGACCAUGAUUCUGUCCGACAAAAUCAUGCUGUGUGAUUGCCCCGGUCUCGUCUUUCCAAGCUUCGUCAACUCGAAGGCUGAGAUGUGCUGUUGUGGCGUGCUGCCUCUCUCGCAGCUUCGUGAUCACGUCUCGCCGUGCCAACUCUUGUGCCACCGGAUCCCGAAGCGAGUGUUGGAACGAACGUACGGAAUCAAGAUCCCUACGUCCAAGACAGCGAAGGAGACGGAUCCCGUUGGCAUUUAUGCACUCCUCGAGUCUUACGCCCGCAACCGUGGCUACACGACAACGGGUAAAGGAGGACCCGACACCUCGCGCGCAGCACGCGACAUCUUGCGACACUAUGUCAAUGGUCGACUGCUGUACUGCCAUCCUCCGCCGAAUGUAUCGGAUCCCUCCACCUUCGACAUCCACGUGCUCGCUGAGGCUCAGUUUCCCGACCUCACCGAGCUUCCCGUCGAAGAGAUCACUGAAGACGGCGUUGAUGAGGAGAUUAGUCCAUCGACCGAGUCAACGGAUGGAAAGGAGGAUCUGGAUUUUGACACGAUUGCCGAAGACAAGUCCGUUGUGAGUAAGCGGCUGAAGAAACACGGCCGCAAAGGACGCAAGGGACGCGAUAAAAACCCGUACGAAGACUCGGAUCUGCCGGGUGGUGGCUCUGGUGUUCACAUGAACUCGGGCGGCAAGAAGAAAAACCGCCGACCGUAA